AUACAUGCACAUGAAUAAAAUCAUUGAGGAUAACACACAAUAAAGUCUGGGACUUAUUUCCAUUGUGGUCCUCUACAUAACAUCAUACCACUUCGAAAAUUCAUGAAAUACCUCUCAGUAGGCCUAUGAUAACUUUUGGGCCCCUAUAUUUUUGUUCGAUGUGAUUGUAGUCACAAACUGAUUAUCUUGUUCUCCAGAUUAACGGUCCUGCAUGGGUGAUCACUGCCGUGGCACUCGGUGCAAAAAACUGGAUGUUCUAUCGAAAUGUCUCAAAAUUGACUAAAGUUUGAACCUCCAUAUUAUAAUACAGUAUAUAAUGUUUUAUAACGUGUUUCUCACCAAUAAUGUUCUCACCAAGUCUUAGAAUAUCUUGCCUAUAAGUCUUAGAAUAUCUUGCCUAUAAAUCUUAGAAUAUCUUGCCUUUCAGUCUUAGAAUAUCUUGCCUAUAAGAUAUAACCUAAGUCUCACAUCAAAGGAGACAUGCAACUCCAGCAUAAUGUUGCUCGUCUCUAAAUUAAGUUAUAGUGUUGUACAAUAUAACAUAUAUUACAAAUAAAAAUACAAAGUAGCCUAUUCGUUUWUAAUUACUUUAGGCUAAUUAUUGACGUGAGAGUGGACGUAUUCGACAUCAAACCAAGACAUGGUUAUUGUAUGUCCCUGAGACACUGUAAUAAACAGAGACUUAGGCCAUUCUUUUAUCGCUAGUGAAUGAACCUGCUGAUAGUUUCGCAUAGUUUGGCCGACUAACCUCAACUCCGUGAUUUACUAUGGAGUCGAGCUGCAACUAGCGUGGGCGGAAGGGUAAUCCGACAUCACAUAAAAUUAAGUUUAGAUAUAUUUUUUUAAGCUACUGGUUUCAGGUAGCGUUUCUUUGGUUGCUGAAAUCAGUAGUUUAAAAAAAAUAAAAAAGUACAUUUUAUGUGAUGUCGGAGCUCCAGUCCGCCCACGCUAGUCACCGCCCAACUCCAACGUAAAUCACGAAGUUGAGUUUAGUCGGCUAAGCAUUGCCUAAUGAUAGGACUAUAGACAUAGGACUACUAUGAUAGGCUAACCUAUUCAUCAUGACAUUAUGCAUAAACUAUUUAAUAUUCUUGCAAAAUAUAUAGGCUAUCCCAUGGCAAUAGGAAAAUUACUAAAGUCAGAAAAAAUUGCCUAGAAAGAAAAUCACUUUAUUCAAACCAAUGAAUGAACAAUUGACUGUGCUACCUUGAUGCAUUCUGCUCGCUUCCAACGCAGUUAUUUUACGCGUCAAUUGCCUUAUAUUCGCAGACCUUUUCGUUGCAGUCCUCAUUUUGUACCCGGUGACAAAAGUUUUUCUUUCAAGAAUAUGAAGGUAGUGCACCUGUUCUUCCUCUCUAUUGGUCGAAGCAUGACUACAGUACCCACGAAACCCUGCGCUCAGCCUCUUGCUCACUGUGCUCUGCGCCAGUCUGUUCAGGGAACCAGUUCGCUUGGCCUUUUUUCUGCCUUCUCACUGUUGUCUGGUGUCAACCUACACCCAGUAGACAUAUCCCUCCCUCUUCAACGACUGCUUCCAAUUUGCCUUCACUUUUCUUAUCACAAGCACUAUUGGCUUUUGCGCUGUCAGUCAGACGCCUCUACCGUAGCUGGAGUUUAGUAGCAACAGCUCGGAAACAUCUGGCUGCCGCAGCCCUUCUCUCUCCGCUCGCUCGGUCCGUCUUUCCUGCCACUGCAGGUUGUUAUGGACAUUUGUUGAAAGUCAAUCUAGUUAUUUUUCAACCUCAAGAGGAUUUGACGAAGGACGCAGGUAGACGUUGGAGCUUGUUGUCUGUUAUGAAGACAUCAUGGAGUUCCCAGACCACAGCAGACAUUUGCUACAGUGUCUGAGUGAGCAGAGGCAUCAGGGUUUCCUUUGUGAUUCCACUGUGCUGGUCGGCGAUGCCCAGUUCCGAGCCCAUCGAGCAGUGCUGGCUUCAUGCAGUAUGUACUUCCAUCUCUUUUACAAGGACCAGCUGGACAAAAGGGACAUUGUUCAUCUGAACAGCGACAUUGUUACAGCCCCAGCAUUCGCUCUCCUGCUGGAGUUCAUGUACGAGGGGAAGCUCCAGUUCAAAGCCCUGCCCGUUGAGGAUGUGCUGGCUGCUGCCAGCUUCCUCCACAUGUACCACAUUGUCAAGGUCUGCAAGAAGAAGCUGAAGCACAAAGCCWCUGCGGAGGCAGACAGCACCAAGAAGGAGGAGGACGCUUCCAGCUGUUCUGACAAAGUAGAGAGCUUCUCCGAGGGCAGCACGGGCCAACCAGCCACAGCUGACCUAUUGCCCAGUGAUGAUGAGGACCUGGAGUCCAAGCAGGACUCCAGCAGCCUGUGGAUGAGGCUACCCUCCGACCGGGCAGGCACCCCGGCCACUGCCACCAGCCCAGGGGAGGAUGACGCCCAUGGCAGUCCCCCCAAGCUGCAAUCCCCAACUGGCAGCCCCAGCAGCUCUAUAGGCUCCCUGUCCAGGAGGUCUGUGGGCUCCCGUGGCUCCCGCAGAGUGUCGUCGGAUGCAGACUGUGUCCUGGACUUGUCUGUGAAGUCCAGCCUGACUGGGCCCAGUGAGGCCUUAUCCAAUAACCCUUACUUCUGUGGUGUGGUGAUGCCAGAUAGCCUGCAGGGUACCCUGGUCCAGGUGAAGCAGGAGAAGAACACGGGCUCAGACCAUGAGGACCUGGUGAGUGGCGACUACGAGAUGGACCACAGCGGGCCCAAARCCACCACUCCCAGAACCAACGGAGGUCUGAACCACCACUUGGUCAGCAGCCAAGCUCACAGACGCCUGGAGGCCCACCUGUCAGCCCUGCGUGAUGCCACCCUGGCCAGUGAGCUGGAGCGUGACGACAAGGUCAGCAAUAAUGACAUGCUGGGCGGAGAGAGUGAGAGGGCCCAGGUUGAGACGGCCAGCAUCGACAGCACCCUGCUGCCCUACGUGUCCAACAUGCUGAACGCCCCUCACACUCAGAUCUUCAUGUGCCCGCUGUGCAACAAGGUGUUUCCCAGUCCGCACAUCCUCCAGAUCCACCUCAGCACACACUUUCGCGAGCAGGAAGGCGUGCGCGCCAAGCCCGCCAGCGACAUCAACGUGCCCACCUGCUCCAUCUGCGGCAAGACGUUCUCCUGCAUGUACACCCUGAAGCGCCACGAGCGGACUCACUCUGGAGAGAAGCCAUACACAUGCACCACGUGCGGUAAGAGCUUCCAGUACUCUCACAACCUGAGCCGGCACGCCGUGGUGCACACCCGAGAGAAGCCACAUGCCUGCAAGUGGUGCGAGCGGCGCUUCACCCAGUCCGGGGACCUGUACCGCCACAUCCGCAAGUUCCACUGCGAACUGGUCAACUCGCUCUCUGUUAAGAGUGAAGGCCUCAACCUGCCCAACCUCCACAGGGACUGGGCCAUAGAGGAUAGUUCUCAAGAACUGUGGAAGUGAAGCCUGCUGAAAUAAUCAGGACUUAUUUGUUUUUAAGCUAAAUGAGAGAGGUGUCAGUGAAGGUUGGGCAGAGAGGUAAGGGAGUUGGAGCACGGGUUGUGGGUAGGAGAGGGGUCUGAUUCACUCAUGUUUCUUGUACGUACAUUACAAAAUCUGCUUAAAUGGCACUUUAAUAGAACAUGAAGAUGUUACUACUGUUUUCAGUUCCAGUCAUUUGUUCUGUUCUAAUCUUUUAUUUGUUCAGAUUUAGUUCCAUAUAAAAAAAACAUGGGCGCUGGUAUCAACAGCCAGUGUUAUGUCAUCUUCUUGUGUAUAGAUACACUCCUUAAUCUAAGGCACACCUUCAACGACAACCAUAUGAAGUGUUCAGGUAACACAUUGACGUUAAAGAUUAUUAGAAUACACUAAACGGGUACUGUGAUCAUCAAUUUAUACCAGUACACAUAUGUGUGUGUAUUAAUAUGUGUGUAUAUAGUGCACUAUAUUUUUAUUAUCAAAUUUCAUUGGUGUGUGUGUGCGUUUGCGUGUGUGUGUGUGUGUUUAAGGAAACUGUGGAAAGAGGUCUGCUCUAACAAGCUUCUGCUCCUUAAGCUCUUGACUGAUGAAAGACAUAUGGCACUCAUGCAAUGUACAGCUUCCUUUUUCACAUGAAUUAAAGUAUUUUCUAAAAUUCUUUACGAAUGAUUAUUAUACAAUUUCUUAAAUCUAUCUGCAGCCUUUAAACAUCCCUUUAAUUUCAUUUGGCUGUAUCCUAUAGGUUUCUGUAGUGAUUAUGGAUUUGGUUUUGGAAAAUGGGAUCUGAUAUUGCAUGAAGUCCAACCUGUAUAUUUGAAAUGUGAAUUACUGUAUAACUGUACACUGUAAUUGAGCAAAUAUAGAACAGACUAUGUGAAUAUCCAAGGGUGCAGUCAGUUAAGAAACCCGGAAUAUUCCAGUAAUGGAAAAUGCAUGAAUAUGAUUUAUCUUACAUUUUCUUGUUUUUUUKKGGGGGGGGGUGUAUUCUAAAUUAACUUAUUUCAUUCUUAAGUAGUUUAUUUAUUUUCUCUGCUCUUUUUGAGAGUCUGUCGGGACUCCUUUGAAAUGUUCUUCUGGGCUGUGAAGAUAUUGUGUCAAUGCACUGGUCUUGGGUUUGAGUUUGUGUAACGGAAUGUGAGGUGAAGUUUGUCGUCAGACUGACAGAGGUGGCAGUGUGGGCUGAAUGCCAGUAGUGACCUAACUAAUCUACUGAAGAUCUCCUCUACUGUGUUUGCCUCCCGCCCACACAGCACUUCAUCACAGUCUACUCUGCUGCAUGGUGGUCAGGGAGUUAAGGUUCCCAACUACUGUAGCUAUAUCCAGUUAACAUUCUGCUUUGGUAUUUUCUGCUUUCUCAUCGACAUUAAGUAAGCGUUGUGGGUAAUUUAUUAUUAUAUAUUUUUAUUUGGCACCUGUUUCUAACUGUGCGGCCAAUGAGAAGGUUUCACACUGAUCUAUGAGAGAGAUGCUCACCUGCUCAUGCCUGAGUACUCCUGAAGGUUAUUUCUGUUUCAACAGUAAAACCUGAGUACUCCUGAAGGUUAUUUCUGUUUCAACAGUAAAGCCUGGAGUACUCCUGAAGGUUAUUUCUGUUUCAAUAGUAAAGCCUGAGUACUCCUGAAGGUUAUUUCUGUUUCAAUAGUAAAGCCUGAGUACUCCUGAAGGGUAUUUCUGUUUC